AUGGCCAAUGAGGAGUUUCACGACUUCUACAAAUACACCCCCUCAAAAGCCGCUGCCAUCACCUUCAUUGUACUAUUUUUGAUAUCUUCCGCUAUCCAUUUAUUCCAGAUUAUCAGAGGCCGCGUUUGGUUUUUUAUUCCUCUGUUCAUCGGUGGUAUAUUCGAGAUAGUUGGGUUUGAGGGUCGAAUUAUCUCUAGUACUGAGGCUCCAUUAUUUACGGAUACGCCUUACAUCAUCCAGAACCUCUUCCUUCUUCUAGCCCCUGCAUUGUUUGCUGCUUCGAUCUAUAUGCAGCUGGGCCGACUUAUCAUCGUGCUAGAAGCGGAACAGCAUUCCAUUGUUCGACGUUCUUGGAUGACCAAGAUUUUUGUUACGGGGGAUAUCUUGUCCUUUGUCGUUCAGGGACUCGGCAAGUACCCAUAUUGUGGUGGGAUCAUGGCAAGCGGCACGCCUUCAAACCUGUCACUCGGCGAAAAGAUCGUCGUUGUUGGUUUGAUAAUUCAGAUUCUUUUCUUCGGCUUCUUCAUUAUCGUGUCUGUCAUUCUCCACCUUCGAAUGAAUACCCAUCCGACCACGGCUUCGUUAUCACUCCACUUCUCAUGGAAUAAAUAUCUAUACGGAAUUUAUGCUGUCUCUGCCCUUGUCAUGGUACGAUCCAUUUUCAGGGUUGCCGAAUUCGCCCAGGGCACAAACGGGACGUUGCUAAGACAUGAAUAUUACCUAUACAUAUUCGAUGCCGCACUAAUGUUCAUUCUCAUGGUAAUCUUGAAUAUCAUCCAUCCGGGCGUAAUCUCAACCAUGAUACGAGGGAAAUUAGCGUUGAGGGAAGCAGACAACCUGGAAAUGCAGCCAGAGAGGAAAGAAUCAAAUGAAGCACGAGGAUUUGAGCCGACGAACCUGCGUCCGAGUUUCACCGAAUCCAUCUACGCAAGGCAUGCUAUCGCAACCAGAGGUCUUGCAUGA